AUGCAAGUUAUCAUGCGCCGCUUAUCGAUUGUGGAUAAAGGGAAAAACAUAAUGAAUAUCAAGGUCAAGAUCCCGACUCCCUCACUUUACAGAGCAUUUCACGUCUCGCGAUCCCACUCUCGAGUAAUCGCAACACAACCUUUGAGGGCAAAGGAGUCGUCGGUUUCAGCAAAAUAUCCAGUAAUUGAUCACACGUACGAUGCUAUUGUAGUUGGUGCCGGUGGUGCCGGUUUACGCGCUGCUUUUGGCCUUGCGGAGUCUGGUUUGAACACCGCGUGUAUCACAAAAUUAUUUCCCACAAGAUCGCACACUGUGGCCGCACAGGGUGGUAUCAACGCCGCUCUGGGCAAUAUGACUGAAGACGACUGGCGUUGGCAUAUGUAUGACACUGUCAAGGGUAGCGACUGGCUCGGAGAUCAGGAUGCAAUACAUUAUAUGUGUCGCGAAGCACCUGAUGCCGUCAUUGAACUUGAACAUUACGGUGUUCCCUUCUCACGAACUGAAGAGGGUAAAAUUUAUCAAAGAGCUUUUGGUGGUCAAAGUUUAAAGUACGGACAGGGUGGUCAGGCCUAUCGAUGCGCAGCGGUAGCCGACCGCACUGGUCAUUCUUUAUUACACACAUUAUAUGGACAAUCAUUGAGACAUAAUACCAAUUUUUUCAUUGAAUACUUUGCCAUCGAUCUUUUAAUGGAGAAUGACGUGUGUCGAGGUGUGAUCGCCAUAAAUAUGGAAGAUGGCACCUUGCAUCGAUUUCGCGCACAUAAAACAGUAUUAGCUACUGGUGGUUAUGGGCGCACAUAUUUCUCGUGCACCAGUGCUCACACAUGUACUGGUGACGGAAACGCGAUGGUUGCUCGUGCCGGGUUACCUCUGCAAGACAUGGAAUUUGUACAAUUUCAUCCCACUGGAAUUUACGGAGCCGGCUGUCUUAUCACCGAAGGUACGUUUCUAUCCUAUUUCUAUCCACCUGUCCAUCCUGCCGAAGGUGAAGUAACCGUCAGUCACAAUAACACCCAGGGUCUAGAGGAGAAGGGUGAACGUUUCAUGGAACGGUAUGCCCCUACGGCAAAAGAUUUGGCGUCAAGAGAUGUUGUUUCACGUUCGAUGACCAUUGAAAUUCGUGAGGGUCGUGGAGUAGGUCCCGAACACGAUCAUAUAUACUUGCAACUUUCUCAUUUGCCCGCCGAGGUUUUGCGCGAACGCUUGCCUGGUAUAUCUGAAACUGCUGCUAUUUUUGCUGGAGUUGACGUCACCAAAGAACCAAUCCCAGUGCUACCGACUGUUCAUUACAACAUGGGCGGUAUACCAACGCGUUACACGGGCGAAGUAAUAUCGGUUGACGAGGUGAUCCAGG